AAUAAUAAUAAAUGAAUGAUCCAGACUCUAAUUCAUCUUGAAAACAGAAAUAAUGUUCUGCUGGUAAAUUAUUGGAGGUGUGUGAUGCAGCACCACCUGUUACAUGCAGCAGUGCAGACAAAGGUGUGAUAUCCGUGCAGAAACUUAUGACCACAAAGUUUCUGUUGUGGGAGGCUGGUUAUAAAAAGAGGCGUGUAGAGUGGGGGGGUCACUGCAAGCCUGGAGCUUCUGUCCCACCAUGAUCUGCUGCAUCCUUUACGUCUUUCUGCAAAUCUCCCUCACAGGGGCUGCUGAGAGCAGCAUAGUCGGUGGCAGGGAGGCAAAGCCCCACUCCAGACCGUACAUGGUGUCAGUCCAGUAUGGAGGAGAACAUUCAUGUGGAGGGAUCCUUAUUCAGAGGGACUUUGUUCUGACUGCAGCUCACUGCAAAGAUGAGACCCGGGGUUCUUGCAGCGUGGUGCUCGGAGCACACGACAUCAGCAAGAAAGAGAGAACUCAGCAAUGCAUCCAAGUAGCCGAGUACUACCCUCAUCCAGGAUUCACUGGACAAUACGAAUAUGACAUCAUGUUACUGAAGUUGAAAAAGAACGCCACGCUGAAUAAGUACGUGAGGACCAUGGGACUGCCUAAGAAGAACGGGGAAAUACCCGCCAACAUUAAAUGUGCUGUGGCCGGCUGGGGACUAACCAAAGCUAAUGGAUCUCAUUCAAAUGUCCUAAAAGAAGCCACAGAGAAGAUGCAGUUCAGCACUGAGUGCAAACACAUUUGGCAAAAACACUUUAACUCUGGUCACAUGAUAUGCACCAAGUUUACCAGACGGGACGGAGGUGUUUGCCAGGUAAUCAAAUAACAAAAGCAGCCCAGCAGCUAAUAACUCAAAUACAGGUUUAGUUUUUUAUUCAUGACAAAAAUGUGCAACCUUUACACAGAUCGCUCAAUCAGUCUUUCUUUGUAGGGAGACUCUGGUGGACCACUUAUCUGCAACACAAAGCCUCAAGGCAUAACAGCUUAUACCUCAUCAAACGACUGUAAUGAUCCAAGGUACCCGCAUGUCUUCACUAAAGUCAGUUCCUUCAUCCCGUGGAUCAAGCAAACAAUGGAGGAGCACAGGAAUGAUGCCUGAGUCAGAGGAGCAGUAAAGCAUAUGUUUUAAAAAUGUGUGGUCUCAUUUAUGAUGGUGUAAUAAAAA